AUGGCGCUCGGAAAGAAGCCAUACCCCAAGGCGACAGUCAAGAAGAUCAUCAAGGCGCAUUCUAAUCACAACAUCAAAAAGAAUGCCGACGUCACGAUCUUCCUCGACUAUGUCCUGUUCAUGGAAACCCUAGUCAAGGAAGCGGCGAUUCAAUCGAAGCAAUCAGGCGAGCGAGGACUGUCUGCGCGAAGCGUCAAGAAGGUGACGAGAGACACCUUGACAAAGUUCAAAGGCUGA